AUGCUAGGAGUGUGCAUGUUUUACCAAAACAACGGAACGUCUACAAAUCAGAGGGAGGCUUUCCUCUGGUGCUUCGGUUUUGCUGCCAUAUUCGCCUCGUCGUUCAUAUGGGUUGAUAAAAGUGUUUUCUUCCAAUUCAUCUACAAGGGAUUUGGAUGGCAGACAUUAAUCCUAUUUAUAUUGGUUGUCACAUUUAUUUUCGCAGUGAUUAUAUUGAUAUCGAACCUCUUCGGUAAAGAUGUACUAGGCUCACUUGGAAAGAAAAGGCUUCUCUUCCUGUAUGCUAUAUGUCUAUUAGCACUUAUUGUCUCAGCAUCCUUAGAAACUUGGUAUAUUGGUCUCUCUACUGGCUACUUACACAGCCGAUUCAUUGCAGUUACGGUGUUCAACUGGCUUCUCGUGGUCAGCUACAUAGUUCUAUUUAUCGUAACCGUGCUUUUUGUAUAG